GGUUAUUAUUAUUUUAAUUCGCAAAAGGGUUGUUUUUGUAUUCUGUGUGUGUCUCGCUAGGGAAUAGGGAUGGCUCUGGUCAGCCACCAACUCAAACUCGUUCUCUUUGAAUAACUCACUGACUCAUCUCGCCCAUUACCUAUUACCUAAUUACUUACACGCCCAAACCAAAAACCCCUUACCUUCAUCUCUCUCUCAUCUCAAACACACUCACUUACCCGCCAAAAUUAUAAUUAGCGGCUUCCAAUUUUUCAUCUCUUUUUCUCUCUUUAUUUUUCAAAUAUCUCUUUCUCUUCUUCUUCCCUCCCUUUCUCUCUCUUCCUAUCUCUCUCUCCCUCUCUCUAGGGUAUGGAGGACGUUCCCGAUCCCCAACCGGAGGAGACUUCGCCGGUUCAGAAUGGCGAGCCUGCGGAUUUGGACGAGCGUUGCUCCAAGAAGCCGAAGGUGGAGUCUAAGGUCGACGACGGCGAAUUGAAGCGAGUGGCGGAGAUUGUGCUGGUGUUGUCCACGAUGGCCACGAUGCGAGCGGGUAGGAAGCCCACCGAUGCCGAGGUUGAACUCAUGAAGGAGGCUCGCGCCAAGCUCGCUAGCCUCUGUGAGGGUUUCGCUCCCAAGGAUAUUGUCGCCACCGAAGCUAUUGGCACUGUCAUUGAGGAUCUCGGUUUGAAUUCCAAGCUUAAGGACCAGCGGUUAGGGUUUCGAACCCCUAAGAUGUCCAUUGCCGAGAGGUAUUCUCACGCUAAGUGGAAGAUGGAGGAAGCAAAGAAGUUUUCUGCAUCAUCUACACCUUCUGCGACCCAGCCCUUGCAAACAAGCAUUGGUGGAACAGUGGACAAUCGUGGUGCAUCACAAGGUGUUCGAAUGUUUCCACCUGAUAAAUCUAGUCAUCCGAUAAUGUCUUCUACAGGUACCGUAGUGUCUGUUCCUGUCCAUGUUUCUGCUGGAUCUUCUGCAACACUGCAAUUCCAACCAACUGGGCAUGAAGUAAGACCUCCUGUUGGUGUUUCUGGUGUAAUGCCUAGCAGUCAUUUAGGGAGAAAUGCAUCUUCCUUAGCAUUGCCUAAAGUUGAACACCCACAGUUCAAAGUUGAUGGAGGAUCAAAUGGGUCUUCUUAUGUUUUGCAAGUCCAAGCAAAUUCUUCAACAAACCAACCUUUGGUGAAUGCUCCAACAUGGUCAAUACAGACUCAAGCUGCUUCAUUACCUAGGAGCGCAUCAGAAACCAAGGUGCCUGCUCAUAACUCUCUCAAGGUUGAAGGAACACCUGAUGUAACUGUAUCAAGGGCAGGGCCACAAAUAACCACAGAUCAGAGCUUUAGACCAUUUAUUACUCAAACAGCCCCUGGAAAUUUGCCUAGCCUGCACCAGCCUUUGCACGCCACAAACAUUGUUCAGCCUCCUUUGAUUCCUAGUCAUGCUGAUAUUGCAAAGAUUGUCCAGAAAGUGUUACAACCAAAGCUUCCUGACCGUCCCACAUGGACUCCUCCAUCAAGGGAUUAUAUGAAUAAGGCUUUGACAUGUCAGAUGUGUGAGCUCACUGUAAAUGAGGUUGAUAGUGUACUUCUCUGUGAUGCUUGUGAAAGGGGAUAUCACUUGAAAUGUCUACAGUCAUCGGUCUUUAGAGUAAUUCAUAAUAGAGCUGAUUGGCACUGCACGAGGUGCUUGAGUUCAAGUGGUGGAAAACCUUUGCCUCCUAAAUAUGGUCGUGUCAUGAGAUCCUCUAGCACACCACCAAAAUUGCCCUCUAAUACAGGUGGUAUUCAAUCAUGUUCUGAGAAGAAGCCAGAGAACUUAGAUCCAAAGGUCUGCCUGCAGACUUUUAUGACUAAUGGGAGCUCAGUUCCAACUAUUUCCAGUGGCAAUCACAAUGUUGAGCUGCCAUCUGACUCAAAAAUCCCAGAUACAAAAGAUAUGCAAGGGACUGGCAUUUCAUCCAGCAUUGAAGCUAUUGAUAAGACACCUGAUCCAAACAACUCUAUGAAACCCCUUAGUACAGCUUCUAGUCCUUCCACUGGCUUGCUGUGCGAAAGCUCUGCACAACAACUAAAUUCCAAGGUUUUGAACUUUAAAGAGACUUCAGAAUCUGAGUCUCUUCCUAAAUCAUCUGAGCCAGCUAAAUGUGAAAAUUUGCAAUCAUCACAAGAUUUUCAAGUUGAACAGAGAGUGUCACAAGAAGGUACUGGAGUAUCAUCAGAUAAACAUGUUGACAGUAACAUGAAUAAACAAAAGGAAUCUAGAGGAGAAAAUUUAACUUAUAAUAUCAAACGGGAUGACAAAGAUGCUGUGCUCACAAAUUUUGUUGGAACUUCUGGAAAUAAUACUGAAGGUAGACAGCAGUCUGCAUUACCUUCAGAUAGUUCACAUGCUGUAGAAUGGAUUGGUGAUGUACAAAUUGUAGAUGAGAAAAAGUUUUACCAAUCUUGCCGAGUUGAUGGAGUAACAUAUAGGCUGCAGCAUCAUGCUCUUUUCCCCACCAGCCAUGGCAAAUUAACUCCUUCUAAACUCCAGUCGAUGUGGGAAGAUUGCAAAACUGGUUUAAAGUGGGUUCAGGUGACAAAGUGCUAUUUUCCCAAUGAUUUGCCAGGGAGUAUUAGUCAUCCGUGUAUAUCUGAAGUCAAUGAGGUUUAUGAAUCUAAUAGUAACAGCACUGAAAUGGCUAGCUCUAUUCGAGGCCCAUGUGAAGUCCUUCCAUCUGGUAAAUUUAAACAAGAAAAUGACAGGCGAUGUCAGUUAGGAAUUGAGGCAAGUGCUGAAAUGCAGCCCAUUUUCCUUUGCAGGUGGUUUUAUGAUGAAGUCAAAAGCUUAUUUCAACCUGUAACCAGUUGAUUCUGUCUUGAACAUAUGUUUUGUGAUUCCUACAUUGUGCAGUUUUGUGGAUUUUUCUUGUAUGGGUUAAUUGAGCAUGCAUUAGAUUCUUGAGACUCGUUACAAGGCUCAUUGCAACGGCAUUCCCUCCCCGUGCAAGAAACUUCAAUCAUUCCAGUUGAAUUGCAUUUGAUAUGAAAUGUGUAACUGAAGUUGUGACUGCUUAGUUUAGCUUUUACCUUAGUAGAUCUUUUCCCGAUAGAUAUUCAUUCUGUAUAAUUCUUUUUGGGUACUAGGCUCUUUACGCCCACUGGCCCACUAAUCACAUUAUUAUCCUUGAGAUUAGAUUAUCAGUGUAGUUCCUUUUUUUUUUUUUGGUCCAAAGUGUAGUCCCCUUAGUUUGCUGGAAUUGUAAGAUACUUCAUUUGUACAAAAGCCAUUUCUUUUAAAAUGCACAACAUUGAGAAUUUCGUUAACCAUUGGACACCAAUUCGGCGACCAAUGAUGAUUUUUCUAGCGAUGACCGAGGCAUUUUCUAUCCACCGAACGAGUAGCCUAGGUUUUACUGGAUGAGAUUAGUAUUCGAGCUCAUGAGCUUAAUGUAUGUAUAUAUUAAUUUCUUGUUUAUCUUAAGAUACCAAACUGAUUAUUAG